ACGCGCCGCGUCUAAAUAAAGAACGCCUUCGCUCGGCCUCGCGAUGCUGCGCGCACGCAGCAGUGUUCGUCCAAUAAAAACCAAACGUAGUACAUAUUAUAUUUUCCCCCCGAUUUUUGAUCCGUUUCGCACGCGAAUCACGUAACUAUGAGUGACAAUUGACGGCCGGAGGAACCCGAAUGAAAUGAAUGAACUUUCGCUUUCAGUCAGUGAAGUGAACGAGCCAAAUUGAAGUUGGGUAAUUGGUCAAUAGAAGAAACGACAAAAUGAAGUUCACAAUAGAUGUUCUGGGGAUCUUCCUCAAAAUCGUUGUUAGGGUGAACAAAGUGACGUUCGCCCCCCUCGUAGUCUCCACUCUCUUCAUCCUGCUGACGUCACUGCUGGCUCAUUGUGCGCGCAGACUGGUGCAGCGCGUAGUGAAGGAACCCUUCCUGAGAGUGCUGCUGGAAGAGGCCAUAGCCGCUGCUGAGCUGUGCGGCUGCUGCUUCGAGCUUAUUAUUGUGGCGGACAACUUCGGUGUAUCGACGUAUGCGAUCUUCCUGUUCGCGCUGACGAUCUGGUGGUCCAUGAACUGGGGGGAGGCCACCGCCUGCCCCUACACGCAUCUGGAGGAAAUCGUUGAAGGCAAGGGCGACAUCCGGAAGGCAUUGCUGAAGACCUGGGCAGAGCUGACGGGAGGCCUGCUGGUCUUCAAGUACGUGCAGAUGUACUGGGCUCUGGAGAUCUCAGAGACACACAAGGACAGGGCUUUCGAAGACUGUAAGGCUGAUUUACAGGUUCCAGUCUUAUACGGUGCAGUGGUGGAAGGAGUAGCCACCUGCAUGUGCCGCUUGGCCUCCAAGUCUCUCGGUGACCUCAACCCUCGGUUCGCUUCAGCCAUCGACUCCUUCAUAGGAACCUCCCUCGUCGUCGCAGGGGUCCUCUUUAGGCACAAGGUUUUCAUCUAUCGCUAUGAGGACAGUCUCGCCAUAUCUGACAUAGGCGUGUCCAUCUUUUGCAAAAUCCAUUUAGGAAAAGCGUUCGACUAUUCAGGAGGCUACUUCAACCCUGUGUUGGCGACGUCCCUGAAGGCAGGUUGUGAUGGCCACACCCUGCUGGAGCAUGCCCUGGUCUACUGGCUCGGGGCCUGCGCAGGGUCUGUCCUCUCUGUCUACAUCUACAAACUACCCGCAAUACAGAAACUCGUCAAGGGAUCGAGCGAAGCCAACGGAGAUUCCAUCUGGGCUGAGAAGGAAGAUUAAUGCUGGAGAAAUACGACGGUUUUCAUCCGUUUUUUGUUAUUUGAGUUUGAAUUCUGAUGUGCAGGAGGUAGGACGUUAGGGUUCAAAUUUGAAUGGCAAUCUUGGAUUGGAAUUUCUUAACUACUUUUUAAUAUCCGCAUUAAUAAUUAAGUAGAUGGGCGAAAGAUUCGAUGCUAGUCAUAUUUUAUAAGGGUUCGAUAUUAAAGGGGGGUUUUUUUACAUUCGUCA